AUGUGGAACUUCGCAUCAAACUGUCUUGCUGGAAGUGUCAGUUUAAACAGCUCAUCAAGUUCAAAGCCAAAUCAAGUCACCCCAUCUGAAUACUCGGACGAUGAAGCAUCUUCUGUUGUGAGCAGAGAAGAAGGCCUGGAGUGCCCAAUAUGCUGGGAAUCCUUCAACAUUGUGGAAAACGUGCCCUACGUCCUGUGGUGCGGUCAUACCCUUUGCAAAAACUGCAUAUUGGCUCUCCAGUGGGCUGUUGUGAAGUUCCCAACUUUACCAGUUCAACUCCCGCUUUUCAUCUCCUGUCCAUGGUGCAAUCUCUUGUCAUUUCGCCUGGUCUAUGGUGGAAACCUCAAGUUUCCACGCAAGAACUACUUCCUACUAUGGAUGGUUGAAAGCAAGAAUGAUGAUAGAGUCAAGACUCGUGCAUCAUCUACCUUUGAGGAUCAUCCAAAUGUUUGGUCGGCGAAUUCCAGCUUGGCUGGUUCUGGAAGUCAACAUAAUAAUCACCAUCACCACCUGCGGCAAUCUAGGUCAAGCCAUGAUGCUGUUCAUGGCAACAAUAAUCCUCAUUUCCUCAGUGUGGGGAGGAUAAAAUCAUCGCUGCAGAAGUCGUUGGUUUUCUUUGUUCACCUUACUGCCAAGUUCCCUUUGGUCAUCAUAUUCCUUCUGAUCAUCUUAUACGCCGUACCUGCCAGUGCAGCCAUUCUGGCGCUGUACGUUCUCAUCACUGUUCUGUUUGCCAUACCGUCGUUUCUCAUACUCUAUUUUGCUUAUCCCAGGUCUAUGUUGGCAGCAGAGGUACUGGAGGCAGAAGCCAUCUUCUGCACUGUACUGGUUUCUGGUCAUUUCGAGAGAUCUCUUUAUAAUCUAGCAGUGUCUUUCAAGGACCCAAAUCAUGGAUUCCUUGGUGGGUCAUCGUUGAAGUUCAAGGAUCUCUGUUGGGAAUCCAAACCCAGAUUCUCCACCAGCAGCAGAAGCGCAAGAAGACUGGGGCUUGUAGUUGCUGCUGUAGAAGAAGAAGAAGCCAUCUCAAAGGGAAGCUCUGAUGGCAGAUUUUACUUCAACUUCACUGGCUUUCCUUUUCCUCUUGGCCCUUUUCUCAACAGGCGCACUAUUAGAACUGAGGUUGUGAAAGGAUCCAUAUGGCUGUUUGAACAAGAACAAGCAUUAGGGUUCAGCAGUGUCUCCACAAACAUCAGAAUGACAGUCAUCAAGCUCAAAUCUGGAGGCUUGUGGGUACAUGCUCCCAUUGCCCCAACAAAGGAGUGCAUUCAGCUUCUGAAGGAUUUAGAUGCCCCUGUGGAGUAUAUCAUUCUGCCCACAUUUGCUUACGAGCACAAAAUAUUUGUUGGUCCGUUCUCUAGGAAGUUCCCCAAUGCAAAAAUUUGGGUUGCACCAAGGCAGUGGAGUUGGCCAUUGAAUUUGCCACUUGAGUUCUUCGGGAUCUUUGGUGCCAAAACAUUGAAAGACGAGGACUUGUCAACUCCUUGGGCGGACGACAUUGAGCAAAAGGUUCUCAGUGCACCUGAAGUUGGGCUUGGGCCUUAUGUGGAGGUUGCUUUCUAUCAUAAGCGCUCAAGAUCACUUCUGGUAACCGAUGCUGUGAUUUUUGUCCCAAGAAAGCCACCUGACUGUAUUGGUAAAGAUUCACUGUUAGCCUCUGCAAAGAAUGGCUUAGCAGUGAAAAUCCUUAGUAAGGGGAAGGAAGUAUCCGAGGAGCCUGUUGUCGAUAAUCCAACGAACCGUCAAAAGGGGUGGGAAAGAAUGGUUCUCCAGAUCCUAUUCCUCGGUCCAUCUAAUCUCUUAGAACCCAAUGCCAGUUUUGCUCAGAUGUCCCAGAAAUUGAUAGUAUCACCCAUCGUAAAGACACUAGUAUUCAGCAAAGUACCAGAAAAGGUGAGGGAUUGGAUAGAUAGGAUCGGGAAGGACUGGAGAUUCAAGAGGAUCAUCCCAGCCCAUUUCGCUGCUCCAGUGAAUGCCAGUAGGUCAGAUUUCAUGGCUGCAUUUGCAUUUCUGGACGAUCUAUUGGGGGAACAAUAUGCUACUCGGCCAUCACUAUCUCUCCUCUUCGCAUCCAUCAUGGGGAAAGCUGCAACUUACUUCCCUCCGGAUGACAUGAAGACUCUAUCAUCCCUUGAUCAGUUCUUAGUUUCUGUUGGUGCAGUCAAGAAGACUGUCUCAGGCCGCCGGAAGAGAAAAGCAGCAUUCUAGAACUGCAAUGUAAGCAUCAUCUGUCUCUAGUACUUGCUGUUGAUAAUACACAAAUACUUGUGCCAUAGUUUAGUCGUCAUAGUGAUUCCAAAUUUCACAAAGUUGAAUAUAUAUACCUUCGAUUUAAGCACGCAUUAACAGUUUCGACCCACAUUUUCUGCGUUUCCUCGGAUUUCAAAUAUUUUUGCAGAACAAGUCGCAAUGGCUGUGGGUUUCUUGUGUCCUUUGUUGUUAUGAUGUGAUUGUUGUUGGAACAUUGUUUAUAUGUUUGAUGAAAUUGGACUAUCGGUUGGCCAUAACUGUGGUACCCGCCAAAACAGCAUUCGUCCAUAUAACUAGUUUCAUAAUGAUAAAUUUGGCCGGCGUCCCAUCCAUUCCCCA